GGUGUUUCUCAGACCAAGCAGAGACAAUGGCAGCCCUCAGCUCUGCCCUGAAGCUGCUGCUGCUGCUUCUGCAGCUGCUGGGCCUCCAGGUGCUGCUUUUUUCAGGCUCGGCUGUAAGCUCCCCUGAAGACUGCACCUUCCCUGAAACAACCAACACCAGCAGCAACUUCUCCAUCAAGGCAGAUUCGAACAUUUACAAGACCAACAAAACUUACACAGUGACUUUUUCUGGGAAUGAGGACCUCUACUCUGUGAUCCUGCAAGCCGUGGACAAGGACAACAAGUCCAUCGGCCAUUGGCAAAAUCCUGAUCACCUGUGCAAUGACUCUGUGCUGUACCAAGUGAAAAAUUUCAAUGGCACCAUCUUCCAGGCAAACUGGACAUCCCCUAAUUGCUCAGACAUCAUGGAAGUUGAGAUACGGGCCUUUACCUUCUAUUUCAACUAUGGGGCCACCUUCUCUUCAUUCAAACUGGACAGGAAAGCAUCAACCCCAUUGCUAACCACCCCCAAAAGUUCUGCCCAAAAAGCCUACACCAGUACAAUCAUUGACAUCAUUCAGCUCCUAUUCGUCUAUUUCACCAGCAAAUUGAUCUCCUAAGGAAGCAUGUGUUCUGGUACCACUGUCCUUCUUUCCUUCUUGAGCCAAGGCGUGAAGACUGUGUGAAUGAAGGUUCCAUAUUCCCACAAUGUAUGACUGUUACAACAGUGUAAGACUGACUGUAGCAGAGACAGAGGAUUCACUCUGCAUGCAGUGCUAGAGGUUUGACAAUCAACUAGCUGGUGAAAUUAAGCUAGGUAAGACAGCCAAAUAGAUUUCUGGAACUGGAAAUUAGGCUUUUUCUUCUCCUAUCCAGCCAAGCUAGGUAAAAAUAAAAAUGGAUGAUAACAGUAACCAUUUGGCCAGAAUGUAAAUUGGAGUUGAUCUUCAGUUAUCACUUUGAUGGCCAAUCCCACACUCAUCCAAACCUCACUUGGUGCCAAAUGAUUUCCCUGCACCCCUGAAAGUCAUGGAAGGAAUGGCCAGGAGGGAUCAGAUUUCUGGUGCAAAUAUAUCCAGAUUUUUUAAAAUGCGUACAUUUGAUAGCAUUUUUAACUUACUGAGGAAGAAAGGAAAUGAGCUGAAAUCAGUACUUCUGCUACUGGGAAACUCCCAUUCCAUUCAAACUGGUAGGUUUGUGAAGGACAACAUAAGAAAAGACAAUGUUUGGUGAACGAGUUUGGGGGAUAGGGAAGAGAGGCUGCAAGUGAUGAUUUUAAAAAACUUAUUUCCUUUCAUUUCCAAUGAAUUUUUUUCAAUAUUGCACCCAAUGAAUUCUAAGGAUAAGCUAGAUAAAUUGACACAAUAAAAAUCCUAGUAUAAUCCCUAUUCAUUUUCACUUAAAACAGAGACUAUGACACCCACUUCUUAUUUAUAAAUCAGGACAUUAGGAAAGUGGCAUUAUGUGUUUUUGGUUUGGGUGUUUGUUUUGGGGAUUAUUUUUAAGUUCACCAGACACAGUGGAUGAUAAUAUCUCAACAUCCAUUUUCCUAUAGACCAGACUGGCCAUUUCCCCUCCUAAAUAAUUUAUUUUUAGGUAAAUUGAUAUAAUUUAUAUAAAGAGAGAAGAUAUGAGAUUCCUAGAAUCAAAUUUGUCACAAACGAAAAACUUCUGUGCCAUGUAUUAAAUAAAGGCUUUUGUUCUCAUUUAA